CAUCCUGGGCUGGGCUCAGCUAGAUAGAUCUUUAGUCUGAGUCAGUAUACAAUAAAGGAGCUCUCCAAGGACAAAGAGUAUAAAUCAGGGGUCCCCAAACUAAGGCCCGGGGGCCGGAUGCAGCCCAAUUGCCUUCUCAAUCCGGCCCGCGGAUGGUCCGGGAAUCAGCAUGUUUUUACAUGAGUAGAAUGUGCCCUUUUAUUUAAAAUGCAUCUCUGGGUUAUUUGUGGGGCAUAGGAAUUCGUUCAUUUUUUUUUCCAAAUAUAGUCCGGCCCCCCACAAGGUCUGAGGGACAGUGGACUGGCCCCCUGCUGGAAACGUUUGCUGACCCCUGGUAUAAAUGGAUGGGUGUAAUAGGAGUAGUGAGGCUGAGUCUGCUCCCUGUGUUGUUUAGAUGUGACUCUUCUCUCGCAGGAAGAAAAAGAAGAAGUUCGGUGCAUCUGUGGCCAAAGUCAGUUGUGUACAGCUCCGACUGGCAAGAAACCAAUAACGUCACUAACCCACCUCCCAGUUCUGAUUCUGCUUUUGGAAAAAGAAAGGAGACGAGCAAAUCUCGGGGCCAUGUAUUCCUCUGUCAACUGCUCCCAUUUGGGAUUAAAGCUGUCCGCCCUGGAGGUGCUGGAGAAGGACCUGUGCAAUGAUAGCAGUCGAGAAGAGCCUUACUUUGACCCCGAAGACCUGAACAUGACCAUAGAGCAGCUCCGCCUGAAGUACUUGGGGCCGCGCCGGUCGGGGUUCUUCGUCCCCAUCUGCACCACGUACCUCCUGAUUUUCGUGGUUGGUGCGGUGGGCAACGCCCUCACCUGCCUGGUCAUCAUCCAGCACCGAUUCAUGAGGACGCCUACCAACUAUUACCUCUUCAGCCUGGCCGUCUCCGACCUGCUGGUCCUCCUGCUGGGCAUGCCGCUGGAGAUCUACGAGAUGUGGAGCAACUACCCGUUCCUGCUGGGUGCGGCCGGCUGCUGCUUCAAGACACUGCUCUUUGAAGCCGUCUGCUUCGCCUCCAUCCUCAACGUGACGGCGCUCAGCGUGGAGCGCUACAUUGCCGUGGUGCACCCUCUCAAGGCCAAGUACGUGGUGACCAAGAACCACGCCAAGAGGGUCAUCGUCACUGUCUGGGUCCUGUCCAUCGUCUGCUCCAUCCCCAACACCAGCCUGCACGGCAUCCAGACCCUCCGCGUCCCCGCCCGGGGGGUGGUCCCCGACUCAGCCACCUGCACCCUGGUCAAGUCCCGCCUGAUGUACAACCUCAUCAUCCAGGUGACCACCAUCAUCUUCUUCUUUGUGCCCAUGGGAGUCAUCAGUGUCUUGUACCUGCUCAUCGGCCUGCAGCUGAGGAAGGAGAAGAUGCUCGAGGCUCUGGAGGCCAAGUCGGCAAGCAACUGCGACUACCACAGCGUCCGCCUCCAGCAGAAGAAAGUCCGCAGGAGGCAGGUGACCAACAUGCUGUUUGCGCUUGUGGUCGUCUUUGGGAUCUGCUGGGCUCCCUUCCACACCGACCGCCUGGUCUGGAGCUUCGUGACCCACUGGACCGACCGGAUGCUGAGGAUGUUCCAGUACGUGCACAUCAUCUCGGGUGUCUUCUUCUACCUGAGCUCGGCCGCCAACCCCAUCCUCUACAACCUGAUGUCCACCCGCUUCCGGGAGAUGUUCAAGGACGUGAUGUGCCGCCGGCGCUUCCAGAAGCUGCGCUCGCGCAAGCACUCGCCCAGCAGCACCCGCGUCACCAUGCGCAGCACCGUCUCUGAGCACGUCGGUGGAGGCGAUGGGCAGCCGCUGUCCGACCUGGAGGACUAUGAGGCCGACCCGGAGAGGGACAAGGCCGAGGAGUGUGAGGGCCCUUUCCUCUGAGGAGGAAGCCACUAGUCCAGCCGCACAUGUCUUUGGAGGACGGAGCUUUCCUCUUGGACCGCAAGGCACCACCGACACUUGGCAGCAUUAUGUAAAAUAAUGGGUCUGGUCUUGCCUGGACCUGCAUCCGUUCCCGGCUGCUUUGCCCUGAGGAACUCAACCGUGUUAUGAACAGAGGGCUUUCUUUUGUAAGGGGUCGCACAGAACUGUCUUUCUCGGCCCCUAGUUGUAAAAUCAUCACCGUCAUAAAGGGUGUGUGGAUGUGAGUGCAAAGGGGAGCCUCGUCCCCAGGCUCCCUGGUUCGGCUUGCGCUUUUCAAAAUGGCCACUUCUGACGCCUCCGUCAAAAUGGCGGCCACAAAGAGGGCGGGGCUUGAGGCUGCUCCCAAAUCCAUGCUCGGCAAGGCGCAUGGCGGGAGGUUCUAGAAAGUUCUGUGGGAUUCCCACACCCUCUACCCUUUCCAAUUUUGGAUUUAAUCUAAAAGAGAUUAGGGGAGGGGAGUUCGCUCUUGGCGGUUCAUGUCUCUCCCAUCGUCCCUGUUUUUCUAACUGUGGUUGCCUCGCGACUGCCAUGUGCUUGGUUUGAACCUAUUUAUUUAUUUAUUUUGUUGUGGCGAUAUUCCCACCUUUUUCUCCAAAGGCAGCAUAUGUGGGUCUCCUCCUUUCCUCCUGGUUUAUCCCCAGCACAAAACCCCUGCGAGGUAGGCCGGGCUGAGGGGUGGCGAGGAAAGAAGACACUGGAGGCCGUAUGCAUCCUUCAGCUCUUUCAGAAGAUCACCCAUUGUGCUCCACGGAGGAUUAGGGACUUGAACCCUCGUCUCCAAAUUCAUGCCUGUGUGUACUGGCCUGCUGCUGCUCUAAAAUCUACAUAACUGUACAUUUGUUUCUUUAUUUUUCUAGGCUUCAGUACCCCGCCUUUCCCUCAAGAUGUUUCAGGUGGCUUAACCCAAAAGAAAGUAUUUUUCACUUUUUAAAAAAGUAAGCAUAACUCAGGGUUGCCAUACCUCCGGAAUUUUUCCAGACAUAGCCAGAAAUCAGCCAUCGGAAACAGCGUCCGGUUGGAAAUCGCAUUAAACUUCCAAGAAAAUCCAAAUGUAGGGCAACUCAUGUCGGCACUGUCAUUGCUGGUGAUUUCCCUUAAAAACAGCUCAAAAACUCUG